GGACCAAUGGCGUUCUCUGUGGUCCUUCAUCAAGCCUUUCUCCUGGCAGUGCUGUCCCUGAGGACAUCCCGAAGUGAAGUCUUGGGGGAGCCUUUACUGUUGACUCCUGAGAUACAUGCAGUUUCUAUUCAAUUUAAACAUCAAGAAGUGAAUUUAGAAUGGACUGUCCCAGCUCUUACUCAUCAAAAAUUAAACAUGAUAUUUCAAAUAGAGAUCAGUAGGCUGAAAACAUCCAACAUCAUCUGGGUGGAGAAUUAUACCGCCACUGUGAAGCAGGAAGAAGCUGUGAGUUGGAACUGGAUAUCUGAUAUCCCCUUGCAGUGUGUCACACAUUUCAUUAGAAUAAGGGCUCUGGUAGAUGAUGCCAAGUCCCCUCCACAGAGUUCCUGGGGCAACUGGAGUUCCUGGAAAGAAGUUAGUGCACACAUUUCAGUUGACCCUGAUAAAAUAUUAUUAUUUCCUGAAGACAAACUGUUGGAAGAAGGCUCCAAUGUCACCCUCUGUGUGAUGUAUGGGAAGAAUCUAUAUAAUGUAUCCUGUAAGUUGCAAGAAGAGCCAAUCCAUGGAGAACAACUUGAUUCACACGUGUCAUUAUUAAAAUUGAAUAAUGUAGUUUUCCUUAGCGACACAGGGACAAACAUCAAUUGUCAAGCCAUGAAUGGUACUAAAAAUCCAUUUGGUACUGUUCUCUUUGUUUCAAAAGUACUUGAAGAACCCAAGAAUUUUUCCUGUGAAACCCAAGACUUUAAGACUUUGGACUGUUCAUGGGAACCUGGGAUAGAUACGACUUUUUCUUGGUUUCAUCAACGUUUCCAAAACUACACUUUAUGUGAAUCGUUCUCUGAGAGAUGUGAAGUUUCUAACCACAGAAACUCCUAUACCUGGCAAAUCACUGAGGACUCACAGGAAACAUAUAACUUCACUCUCACAGCUGAAAACAAACUAAGGAAAAGAAGUGUCAACAUCAGUUUUAACCUGACCCAUAGAGUUCAUCCAAAGGCUCCCCAUGACGUCACCCUUAAAACUGUAGAUGCUACAAAAGCCAACAUGACUUGGAAGGUUCACUCCCGUGGAAACAACUACACAUUUUUGUGUCAGGUUGAACUCCAAUAUGAAGGAGAUGUGAUACAUGAGCGCAACGUUUCUGUUCACAUGAACGCAAACUACCUCUUCAGUGAUCUGAAGCCAGACACAGAGUACAAGGCUUUUGUGCGCUGUGCGGAUGCCAACCACUUCUGGAAAUGGAGUGACUGGACGCAAGAAGACUUCAGCACACCCGAGGCUGCCCCCUCACAGGCUCUUGAUGUGUGGAGACAAGUGUGGGCAGAGAAUGGGAGACAAGCUGUGACCUUAUUCUGGAAGCCACUAUUAAAAUCACAGGCCAAUGGCAAAAUCAUAUCCUAUAACAUAGUUGUAGAAAAUGAAGCCAAACCAACUGAAUCAGAACACUACUCUGUUCCGGCACCAGCCCUUAGCACAAACCUGAGUCUUGACCUGCAUCCUUACAAGAUUCACAUCACAGCCAACAACAGUGCGGGGGCAUCUCCUGAGUCCUUGAUGGUCCUUUCUAAAGAUUCUGGACAUGAAGAGGUCCAGGAAAAAACAAUUAAAGGUAUGAAGGAUGCAUUCAGUAUUUCUUGGGAGCCUGUAUCUGGAGACACGACAGGCUAUGUUGUGGACUGGUGUGCACAUUCUCAGGACCAGCACUGUGAUUUGCAAUGGAAGAAGCUAGGUCCCAAUACCACAAGCACCAUCAUCACCUCAGAUGCUUUUAAACCAGGGGUGCGUUACAACUUCAGAAUUUUUGAAAGAUCUGUGGAACAGAAUGCUCGGUUAAUAGAGAAGCAAAGAGGAUACACCCAGGAACUGGCUCCUUUGGUGAAUCCAGAAGUGAGGAUUGAUAACUUGACCCCUAACUCCCUCGUUUUAAACUGGUCACACUACACCAGUGACUUCCAGUCUGGUUUUAUAAAAGGGUACCACGUGUAUUUGAAAUCCAAGGAGCUGCAGUGCAACCAAAACUGGGAAAGGAUUCUUCUUCUUCCAGAUAAUUCAGUGAUCUGUAAAUAUGACAUCAAUGGCUCAGAGACAAAGACACUCACCGUGGAAAAUCUUCGGCCGGAGUCCCUCUAUGAGUUUUUUGUCACUCCAUAUACCAGCGCCGGCCAGGGACCCAAUGAAACGUUCACAAAGGUCACAACUCCAGAUGCACGCUCCCAUAUGCUGCUGCCGAUCUUACUUCCCAUGACCCUCGGUGUCUUGCUCAGCAUCAUUGUGUGUUACUGGAAAAGUCAGUGGGUGAAGGAGAAGUGCUAUCCUGAGAUUCCCAAUCCGUACAAGAGCAGCAUCCUGUCACUCAUAAAAUCCAAGAAGAAUCCUCACUUAAUAAUGAACGUCAAAGACUGCAUUCCAGAUGUCCUUGAAGUUAUAAACAAAGCAGAAGGCAGCAAGACACAGUGUGUGGGCUCUGGGAAACUUCACACGGAAGAUAUACCCACUAAGCCUCCAUCCAUGCCAAUGGAAAAGGAUUCCUCUAGCCCUGUGCCCUGUGUAUUCUUUGAGAAUUUUACUUAUGAUCAGUCAGCUUUUGACUCCAAUUCCCAUGGCCUCAUUCCAGGACCCCUAAAAGACACACCACACCAACUCAGACUAUUGGCUCCACCUAACAAGUUACAGAAUGUAUUAGAAAACGACUACAUGAAGUCCCUGGUCGAAAGUCCGACUGAAGAAACUAGCUUGAUUUAUGUGUCCCAGCUGGCUUCACCCAUGUGUGGAGACAAGGACAGGCUUGCCACGAAUCCACCCACACCAGUGCAUGGUUCAGAGUAUAAAAGGCAAAUGGCAGUUCCAGGGAGCCUCAUAUCACCUUCUCUGAUGGAAAAUAACAGCUUGACCUCAAUGAUCCUAGUAGGCCAAGGUGAACAGUAAACAGCAAGCAGCACAAAUGCACACCAUACACUACAGGCACUUUGGGGGAUGUAGCUGGUACCAUGCCAACACCACGUGCCCUGGACUUUGGUUCUGGGGCACUCAUUGUCUGCAGUGCUGAUUUAUGAACGAUCACUACAGACCAACAGACUGAAGACCAGAACUAUACAAUAUGAUAUUCAUCCUGAAGGCUUCCUUAGAAAUGGCAGGAUCCUGGAGCAUGUUGACCUUGUUAAUUUUUUGUUCCAGGCUCACCCUUAUUGCAGUAACCCUGAGCUUGACACAGGGUAUACAAGAGUCAUUUCACAGAGCCUACCUCCUCCUAACUGCACAACUCGGCUAUGGUCCUAGGAUUUUGGUUUGCAGUGAGAAAACAUCUUCAUGUAAACUUCAUCUCACACUUAAUAUUUUAAGGGCAAAACAAGUGGAUCAGAUGUUUUGAUUAAUGCCACAAGAGAUUACUUUCAUUAUGUAGAUUUAUCACUUUUUAUAGAAAGGUUACAAACUAGAUUUUGGCCGUAUCUUAAAGUGAGAACUUGUAGUCACUGAUAAAGUAAAAAGAACUCUUUUUGUGCCUACACUGAAACUAGCUAGUAAGAUGUGCAAAUGGACAGGAGAUUCUUCACAGGCCUCCUGACUGUUUUACUGCAGUAAAACAGGAUUGAUUGCAAAAAACUCCAGACUUGCUAUCCAGGUGACUGAAACCUGUUCAACGGACUCCAGUCUUCCUCUUUUGUUUUUGACUACCUCAGAACAGAAAAAAAAAAAAAAAAAAGGACAUUUCAUUGAGUGAUGCCUUUUAUAUAUAAUAUACCCCACACAAAGCUGAGUCUAGAUGACCUAUUUCAUGAGCUAAUCUCUGCUCUUUGCAUGCUUGGUUGUCUGGUUCAUGAGGAUUCUGUCUCACAUUCCUGUCAUGCUAAAAUACUAAAGCCCCAGUACUGGGUAUAAUUUAGCUAGAACUUUAAACUGUAGAGGUCAGUUGUGUUGGCCCCAAAGCAUGUCUUUUGACAAAAUACACUUGGUCCUAUCUGUGGGUUCCACCUCAAGAUUCAACCAACCUCAGAAAGAAUAUAUUCAAGAAAAACCAAUUGUCUGUACUAAACUCACAGAUUUUUCUUGUUAUUCCUUAAAUAAGGUAUUAAUAAUUUCCUUAGCACUUACACAAAUCAAGUACUAGGCACGGCAGGGAGGAAUGCCCACUGCAUACAAUGCUAUUUUUAGGUAAGGCCUGAACUCCUGCCUAUCUUGGUAACAGCACAGCUCCUGUAAUCAACUCCUGGAAAGUGCCGUAGAGGAAUGACUAUACGUAACAGCUGAACACAUACGUUGGUUCCUUCCUCUUAAUGCUUGUCACAUUGCAGAACAAGGUAGAGAGGUGUCCCUUUUGUCUUGUUAGCUAAGUGUCGUAGCAAUGAUGACUUUGUGCACACAUGCAGCUGUUAAGCGCUAUAGCAUGUGUUACAGCAUGUGGCCAUAGAUCAUAAUAAAAGCAACCACAGAUGUUCUACACAAGCUGUUCAAUCUUCUCUUUACAUGCCAAGCCUUUGCUAGAAAACAUGGCUACAACUUAAACUAGGACCAGGCAGUAUCUUGAAUAGUCUGGAUGGGAAAAGACUUUGCUCAGUAUUGCAAAUACUCUGUUUACAUUUUCCUGUCAAUGGAUUUCUCACUGGAAACUUGCACCCAGAAAUAUUAAUGACAUUGAUUUGUGAUUUUUUUUUCAUUUCAAUUUUGUUUAAAAAACAAUCUACACAACACUAGUUAUUUUUUGCUUUUUUUCAAUAAAGUCCAAGUUAAAACAUUUCACGAA